GUUGUGAUGAGAGAGGAGAUGUCUGGUAUUCGCUACAGGUUUAAUGCCCCCAUCAGUAAACAUACACAGACUGGGUACAGCUGGCAUCUCUCACCAUGGACUAAGUGCUCCGCUCUAUGUGCUGGAGGGGUGCAAAUGCAGAACGUUGUUUGCAAAAGGCUGUCAGAUGGAUCUGCUGUGUCUGACGACAUGUGUGACACCCAAGAGAAAAUAAAUGAAAAGCAACGUAUGUGUAACACUGAGCCUUGUCCUCCUGAGUGGGCAAUAGGUCCAUGGUCUGAAUGUAGUCGGAGCUGCAAUUCCGGAGUGCGCACCCGCAGUGUGAUCUGCCAACGGAAGGUAUCAUCAGGGGAGGAAAAAUCUCUGGACGAUAGUAACUGCCCAUCACCUCGCCCCACUAUGCUGGAACCCUGCAAUACCAAAUCAUGCCCACCAGAGUGGGUCGCACUGGACUGGUCUGAGUGUACUCCGAGCUGCGGACCUGGUUAUCGACAUAGAGUUGUCCUUUGUAAAUCAGGGGACAAUGAAAACACGCUGCCACCCUCUCAAUGCCAAGCAAAAGAGAGGCCUGCAACUAGUAUGAGGUGUACACUGCAACGUUGUCCCCCACCUCGAUGGGUGACAGGUGAAUGGGCUGAGUGUUCAGCACAAUGUGGACUUGGACAGCAGAGACGUUCUGUACAGUGUGUGAGCCACACAGGACAGCCCUCGGUGGAAUGCAUAGAGUCUGUGCGCCCAACUGCUAUGCAGCAGUGCGAAAACAAAUGUGAGGCUGGACCUUCGGACAGUCCAGAUGAAUGUAAAGAUGUCAACAAAGUGGCCUACUGCCCCUUGGUGCUCAAGUUUAAGUUCUGUAACCGAUCAUACUUCAGACAGAUGUGUUGCCGAACCUGCCAGGGGCACUGACAUGAAUCAAACUCAUCAUAUGUUUUUUACCAAAUACAUUUCUACAAUGUCUACAAUUUCCCAUAGUUUUCUACAAGGUUUCUAUAACUUUUUAUGUUUUUUCUUCAUUGAUGUUCAUGUCAAGAAUUACUUUUCAGAUUUCUUGCUGCUGUUGUAUAUUUCCUAACAUUUAACUUGUGGCAUUGACACGUUACACAAUAUUUAAUCCUAGGUACACAUCAUUUUUAUCACCACACCUUCUAUGGACAUUAAUGUUGGCCUUUAAGGGCUACCAUCCAUAAUUAUAGACAGAAAACUGAAGAAAUGGAUUGCCAGAUUUCUGAAUUUUAUUCACAGUGAAAUAAUAUCCCAUUUUUUCUAUGAGCUAUUUUGGCUCAUCUGCUAUGUCAAGAAAAACAAGAAGGCUACAAAGUUCAGGUAUCACUAAGGAAUGUAGCAUUACUUAUGCACUGCUGGACAUAUUUAGCAUUUGUUUACUAUUUUAAUACUUAGAAAAUACUUGUUUUUUUUUUUAUAUUUGCGGUGCUAUUUCAAUCCAAGCGCAACUAAACAUAUCCAUAGUAAAAUAUGGUUGGUGCUAUAGAAAUUAAUAAUUCUUUGUUUUUUAUUGUAAGGCUAUGAUCACAUGGUGGAAUGUCCAGAUGGAAAAUUUCUGUACAGACAGUCCACCGACAGCGGAGCACUGGCAGAACAUGCCAGCGCUAGGAAAUGCAUAGUCUGAUAGACGACAAUGCAUUUCCGUGCAGACUCCGCAGAAAAAAUAAACAUGUCUAUUCCUUCUGCGGAUUCCGGAAUAGGGAUUUCCACAGCAGAAACAUCUGCCGCGGAAAUUCAGCCAUGUUCACAGUCCAGCAGAAUCCAACUGAAAUCAAUGGAAUUCUGCUGCAGCGGAAUGUCCAUGCAGAAUUGGUCCGUGGAAUUCCACGCGGUAAUUCCAUUGUGUGAACAUAGCCUGAGAGUUAUCAAAGAUUACCUUUUUUGGUAAGAUACAUGAUUUUAUCUUCUACGAUACUUUUAUGGUUUGUCCAGAUCCUCUUAUUGUAUAUUGAUUUAAAACCUAUUUUCACCUUUGGAACCAUUUUUUUCAGUAGAUAGAUAGAUAUAUAGAUAGAUAGAUAGAUAGAUAGAUAGAUAGAUGGAUAGAACCUACAAUGACAGUUUUGGAUUUUUAUGUUCACAAUUAAUGUAUAUGAAAAUUUCAGUAACUUUGUAAAUACGUUGCAUUGCUUACCUUACAAUGAUUCUAAGUAACAGCCUAUAUUAUAGCUAAAGGGAAUAUAUCACCUAUAUUUCUUUUAUUAAUUAAAGCCAGAUAUUGAUACAUAUAGUUUG